GAAAACAGAAGAAAGAGGAGGUGGAAUGGAAUCACAUGGGCACUAGUUUGGUGUGUCUCCCCUGGGUCCUCCUCCCUCUUCUUUCUUCUACUUCUUGUUCCCAUUUUUCUCUUCGAUCGCCACUACCGUACUCUUUCUUCACUUAGAUUUUUGUUUCCUCUGUUUUCUUGUCAUUAUAUUUUUCCCGGUUUUUUAGCAUGGCUGACGAUAAGGAAAUGUCUGCCCCUGUCGUCGAUGGGAAGGAUACGGUCAACGGUCACAUAAUUUCCACAACUAUUGGAGGCAGAAACGGUGAACCAAAACAGACUAUCAGUUAUAUGGCAGAGCAUGUAGUGGGGACAGGAUCCUUCGGGAUUGUUUUCCAGGCAAAAUGCUUGGAAACUGGAGAGACCGUGGCUAUAAAGAAAGUUUUACAAGACAGAAGAUAUAAGAAUCGGGAACUGCAAUUGAUGCGCAUACUUGAUCAUCCGAAUGUUAUUUCCUUGAAACAUUGUUUCUUUUCCACCACUAGUAAAAAUGAGCUUUUCCUUAACUUGGUUAUGGAUUAUGUACCGGAGAACAUGUAUAGAGCUUUGAAGCAUUACAGCAUUCCAAAUCAGAGAAUGCCACUCGUCUAUGUGAAACUUUACACGUACCAGAUAUUUAGGGGGCUUGCCUACCUCCAUCAUGCUGUGGGAGUUUGCCAUAGGGAUUUGAAGCCUCAAAAUAUUUUGGUUGAUACUUUGACACACCAGGUUAAGAUUUGCGAUUUUGGAAGUGCAAAAGUGCUUGUCAAAGGUGAAACUAAUAUAUCAUACAUAUGUUCACGUUUCUAUCGGGCACCAGAACUUAUAUUUGGUGCCACGGAAUACACAAACUCAAUUGAUAUCUGGUCAGCCGGUUGUGUUCUUGCUGAACUUUUGCUGGGCCAGCCAUUGUUUCCUGGGGAAAAUGCUGUGGACCAGCUUGUAGAGAUUAUCAAGGUCCUAGGUACACCCACUAGGGAAGAGAUUCGCUGCAUGAAUCCUAAUUACACAGAUUUUAGGUUCCCACAGAUUAAAGCGCACCCAUGGCAUAAGGUUUUUCACAAAAGGAUGCCUCCUGAAGCAAUUGAUCUUGCUUCACGACUCCUGCAAUACUCACCGAGUCUUCGCUGUACAGCUCUUGAAGCAUGUGCACAUCCCUUUUUUGAUGAGCUUCGAGAGCCUAAUGCUCGACUACCAAAUGGACGGCCCUUACCACAACUUUUCAAUUUUAAACAGGAAUUAUCUGGGGCUUCACGUGAGCUUAUUAAUAAGUUGAUUCCGGAUCAUGUGAAACGGCAAAUGGGGCUACAACAUUUCAUGCAUCCAGCUGGAACAUAAAACUUUGGAAGUGAU